AUUUGCAUCGCUCUCCUUUAAACAGAGUCAGAGGAAAACAUCAACUCUUGUCUGAAAAACCACAAAGACAGAUAGACAGAGAGAGGAUAGAGAUAGAAAGAGAGAGAAAUGGAUCAUGGUAGGUUAAUGGAGGAUCAAAUGGUGCUGGGAGGCUCUCAAGUGUACCACUACACGACCCCGACCCAAAGUUCACAGUGCAUCAUGGUAAACCAGAUCGAUGGAUCAUCAUCAUCAGGCGAAGGAUCAAAACCCGUGAAGCGGCGGAGGAAGAGGAGGAGCAAAGGUACAUCAGCGACCAACGAAGGAGACGUGGGGGAGAUCGGAGGGAUGUUGAGGAAGAGGAAGUUGACCGAUGAGCAAGUGAACAUGCUCGAGUAUAGCUUCGGGAACGAGCACAAGCUAGAGUCAGGGAGGAAGGAGAAGAUCGCCGCUGAGUUGGGCCUUGACCCGAGACAGGUGGCUGUGUGGUUCCAGAACCGCCGCGCACGGUGGAAGAACAAGAAACUCGAGGAGGAGUACGCCAAACUCAAGAACCACCACGACACCGUCGUCCUUGGCCAAUGCCAGCUCGAGUCUCAGGUAUUAAAACUGACAGAACAACUUCACGAAGCUCAAAACGAAAUCCGAAAGCUGUCGGAACGUCUUGAAGAAAUGCCAACCAACAGCUCGAGUUCAUCGCUUUCCGUUGAAGCCAACGACGCACAGUUUGAUUUCGAGCUAGCCCCGGAGCCGGAGACUAACUACAACAACAUCCCAUUCUAUAUGUUGGACAACAACUAUUUACAGAGCAUGGAGUAUUGGGAUGGUUUGUAUGUAUGAAUUUUAAUUAUAUAUCAAACUAAAAAAAAAUUUGGGGUCUUCUUUAUGGAUGAAAAAAGCAUGUUGUAGAAAUAGAUAUGUUGGUUCAACUCUUGUAAUUUGUAAAUGUCGCUUUUUCAAUGUUUUGUUU